AUGGUGGAGGGCCCGGGCUGUGCCCUCUGCGGGGAGCGCCUGCGGGCACGGCUGCGGCGGGGACAGGCCGUGCGGGGAGCGCGGAGCGGCGCCACUGCUGCAAGUGAAGAGAGAAUCUCUGGUCAUGAUUUCCUUGUUGGACACAUUUACAGGGGUGUGGAGACAUUGGGAAAGGAACUUUUUAUGUAUUUUGAUCAGAAAGCCUUGAGGAUUCACUUUGGUAUGAACGGUUCCAUGUGCAUUAAUCCUGAUGGAAGCAAAGACAGAAAUGGACUACUACCAGUUUUGGAGAUACAGCUUACAGAGGAUACUGUUUGUUUUUUUGAUGUGACAGUAGAGUAUAGAAAUGCAGCUGAGAGUGAGCAGAAAGUGAGAAUGAUGGAAAGCUUGGAUGUCUGUUCUCCAAAGUUUAGCUUUUUAAGAGCAGAAAGUGAGAUUAAGCAGCACAAAACUCGCAUGUUGUGUGAUGUGUUACUGGAUCAAGCAGUAUUACCUGGAGUGGGAAAUAUCAUAAAAAAUGAAGCACUGUUUGAUAGUGGUCUUCAUCCAGCUGUUAAGGUUUGCCAACUGACAGAUGAGCAUAUACGUCACUUGGUGAAAAUGACACGUGAUUUUACCCUGCUUUUUUAUAAGUGCCGCAAAACUGGGUCCCCACUCUACAAACACUACAAAGUGUACAAGCGCCCAGCCUGUGGGCAGUGCAGUGGGAACAUCACUGUGUGUCGUCUAGGAGAGAAUAACAGGAUGACUUACUUCUGCUCCCAAUGUCAAAAGGCGGAUCCCCAGCUUAUCAAUCUUAGCAAACUGCCAACUAGAAAUAGCCUAAUUGGCUGGGCAUAUGGCAGGGGGUCAUGUUCUAAUGAACAUGUAGCUCAGAGAUCUGAAGAGGAGUGGACGUGUACGCGCUGUACCCUAACAAACAAGCCUUCUGCUGAAAUUUGUGAUGCCUGUUUGACUUCAAGGCCUGAAGUUCCAAAGAUGGAGAAUGUUGAAGAUUCUGCAGCUUUUGACGUAAACUUAAUGAAGUACCCUUGUAAUGAGUUCAGAAAACCAAGCACAGAAAUAAAGAUCAAUAGGAGAACUGCAUUUGGGACUACAACUCUUGUCUUAAUAGAUCUUGGUAACAAAGAUGUUUUGAGAAAUGGUACCCAAAUAUCUGAUGGACACUCUCAGUGUGUUGCUCCAAAAAGCAGUUGUAAACAGAUCCAAAGCAAUGCCUACCAGUCAGAGGGAAACAUAGGCAAGGAUUGCUCAACACACGGAAAUGCUAUGGCUUUGUCCUCCUGUCAGCAACCUGUCUCUUUCCAACACAUACAGAAGAAACAGAAAACUGAUCAUAUACCCUCAGUUCACGAAUACAAUAUAGCAAUCAGCGCACCUCAAACUAAUGUGACAGAUGAUACUCAUACAUUAAGCAUGGGCCAUCCUCGCUGCAGAAAACACAGCCGUCUCUGCAGCCUCAGGGUGGUGAGAAAGGACGGAGAAAACAAGGGCAGGCAGUUUUAUUCCUGCCCUCUACCCAGGGAAACCCGGUGUGACUACUUUCAAUGGGCUGACUUGGAUUUUCCAUUUUGUUACCAUGGCAAGCGAUGCAUUAUGAAGACUGUGUUGAAGAUUGGUCCCAAUAACGGAAAGAACUUUUUUGUGUGCCCUCUCGGGAAAGAAAAACAGUGUGGCUUCUUCCAAUGGGUAAAAAAUGGGCCAGAGGACAGCACUUUGUAACUUGCUUAAUGAGCUAUGGCUGAUAGCUGGUUAUAAAAAGUUUUAACCAAAAAAAAGCUGGCAACAAAACUUAUCUUGGAAUAGAUCCCCACUCAACCUUUCAAAAAGAAACUGCAACCAAGGGUGCCAAAAAAAGAAGACAGUUCUUGAAAAGAUCUCUUUUCUUUGCUCAAGAUAAAAGUCAUGAUUUUCAGCUUUUGUCCGAAUAGUUUACAAAUGUGGUUUUAUUUUUUCACAUUGAUUCAUCUGUUACAGUGCAAGUGAUGGAACACGCUUCUUUCAGAUUUGUAUCUGGCUUACACAUUUUAAUGGCUUAUGUUGCACUCAAUCAACUGCAAAGACUAAAAACAAUAACAAGAUCUAAGUUAAAAGAGGGAACUGUCUAUCCCAAACAUUUUCUGUAAUUUAUAUUCCUAACAAAAGCACAUGUAAAUUGCCUUUAAAGAAAUACAGCUACUUUUCAAGACCUUAGGGUUCUGACACAGUUGUUACUUUGACCUGUACCCAAAGACAACUAAGAGCAAUGGGAUUAUUACCAGUGUCUACAGGAGGCUGUUAGGACUGAUGGGCUCACAUAAGCUCCUUUGACUACACGGUUUCUGAAACGAGGUCGUGAUGGCAGUUCUGUAAUACAAAGGAGACUUUCAGUAAAGCUGACUUCUAGUACUCUUAUGUACAACUUUGAGAGAGAUUUUUUUAGACAUUAACACUACAAAGUGAUAGCAUGACUCAUAACAGAAACCUGUCUCUCACCUUAAGCUGAAAACACUUUUUCUGGUUUUAUAUACCACAAAACUAAUUUCAUAAAGGCCCCGCACUCAGCUGAGAUGUAUGCAAAACAGUUUUUAGAGGAUCAAAUCAAGGUCACACGAGUUGUGAAGUAAAAAUUUUAAACUCAGAAAAUGUUAAUUCCAUGUGCCAUGCCCAGUUUAUGGUAGUACUUCAGUUACUAUUACAGUUUAAGUAAGUUUAGGCAGAGCAUAUCUUUCAGUUUGAAACUAAUGUUUAUUUUCCUAUUUGUGCCAUUCAGUUUAGAAUCAACAGAUUUAAUGCCCAGUUUCAUGUCUUCAUACCCUUAUUUAAAGUACUUUUAUAACCAGCUAUUUGUAAAGACAGACAUGCAUAUUUCUUAAUCUGCACAUGCACAACUAACAUUUGAUGUCAAUGCAAAUUCAGCAAAUAGAUGAACAACAUAAUACUUACAUUAGUAGUUCACUGAGGGAGAACUAAAUUUACACUGAAAAUAUGCACUCAAGUUUUGAGACAUUACUAUGUCACAGCUGUGACUACAGACCUCUACAAUUAUACAACUAUUUCUGUAUCCACCUUCCUGUGUAAAAGGGUGCAAGUUCUCACUUGUUUUUCUGGAAUGGAAAACAUAAGUGAGAAUCUUUUAGAUUGAUGGUGAAAGAAGCAGAAGAUGCCAUCCCUUCCUUAAUAUCUGUAUGAAUGUUCAUCAUUAGUCGCUAAGCACCUUUCAUGUGAAAUCAAAAGGUAUUGUAAAGUCUCUAAAAGACUUCAUAGCAACUGUGAACAAAAUCUCUCAACAAAAUUCCCAGAAGAUUUAAAAUUCUUUUCAAUGUCUCUUGUACCUUUCUGCAAUUUAACUUGCUGAUGACAGCCAGAGUUCAGGAUCUAGUGUAACUUAAUAUGCUGUACGUCUGUUUUUUAUUUCUCUGAUGCCUGAAAGGUUUUUUAUUAUGUCCACUUUUUCCUUGAAUAUUCGAAACAUGCAUUCAAAACUCAUAUAGAAAAGUGUGGA